AUGCCUGGUUUUACCACCCCUGCUGCCACCACUCCUGCCGCCACUGCUGCCGCUCCUACUGCUGCUGCUGCUGAUACUGCUGCUGCUGCUGCUGGAGGGGGAGGGGGGUCGUUCUGGCAUGGCCAAGGCUCUGGUUCGGCGAAGGGAGCAGAUGCACCAGGUGCUGAUGAUGCAGAUGCAGUGGACCGGGAAGAUGGGACGGGUGAGAGGGAAGGUGGAGAGGAUGGGUCUGAUGGGCCCAAUGGGGCUAGUGGCGGUUUAGAUAGGUUAGCACGACAUGGAAGGGCCGGUUCUGCCGUGCAGGCAGAGGUUGAGGAGCAGGAUGUGGGGCUUGGAAGGGUAGGAUUCGAUGCACGUGGACGGCAGGGGCUUGUGUAUAGCAUGCCGGUAGCUGGUGUGCCUCCUGGUAGGUGUUUGAAUGCUGGUGCUGCAGAGGCGGGGCGAGCAGCAGGAGGUGGCAAAGGGAGGGGAUUGGGUGGAGUUACAGGGUCAGUACGAGGGGGGGAUCGCAAGAGAAGUCUGGUGCGGGGGAGCACGUUUUUCAGAGGGAAUGCCGCUGUGGGUUGUGAAGAUCGUGAUGCUGAGGACGCAGGGAAUCCUGAGGGCUCUGAGGGCGGUGACGCAGGCAAUGGGGAUGGAGAAGCGGAACGUCGUGGCGAUGGUGGUGUAGAUAGAAACGAGUUGGGUGAUACAGGGGAUGGGGCUGCGGAGGAUGUACACGUGAGGAGCGGGAGUAGUGGUAUGAGUGGGCAGUCUUUUGCUACGGAUGUUUCGCAUGUGUUACGGUACUCAGCGGUGGGGAGGGAUGCAAUGGGCAAGGUGGCUGCGAAACUGGCCAGCUUCAGGCACACUCCAUCGGAGAACAAGCCGAGAGGGAGGAUGGGGCGCCAACUGGGGGGCUCAAAACGACAUCGAUCUCUGCCAGGGCAACAGGCUUGCUCGUUUCAAUUCCGCCUUAAAGACGCGAAGAUGGAUCACUGUCAGGCGCAAUGCCUCUCAGCCUACCAGCGUUGGCGGCGUUUGUUUUUCGGCCAAAGAACAUUCACGAGCAAUCUUGGAGUUUGA